GCAGUACACAGACCUCAUCUCCAACCGCCACCUACAAUCAGACCGUCACCACAUUUCCUGACAUUCCUCUCAUCCUUUCCCGCCCGACUUAAUAUCUCCUUGAUUGCGCACAACAAAGAUGCCCGCCACCACAGCUGAGACGCUGUCCCUUGUUACCCGCAACGUCUCCGUCGCACCUCUCGUCCUCCUUUCCGCAGCAGACCACUACGGCCGACAAGCAAAGGGCACAAGGAAACGAGUCGUCGGUGUGCUUCUUGGACAAAACGAUGGAAAGAACGUGAGGGUGUCGAACAGCUUUGCUGUGCCUUUCGAGGAAGAUGAGAAGGACCCAUCAGUCUGGUUCCUUGAUCACAACUAUGUCGAGUCGAUGAACGACAUGUUCAAGAAGGUCAACGCGCGGGAGAAGCUCAUCGGAUGGUACCACACAGGCCCCAAGCUGCGAGCAUCGGAUUUGGAGAUCAACGAGCUUUUCAAGAGAUACACACCGCAUCCACUGCUAGUCAUUAUCGACGUGCAACCGAAGGAAGUUGGUGUCCCGACGGACGCCUACUUCGCAGUGGAGGAGAUCAAGGAUGAUGGAACCACAACCUCUAAGACCUUUGUUCACACUCCCUCAUUAAUCGAAGCCGAAGAGGCUGAAGAGAUCGGUGUCGAGCACCUGCUACGCGAUAUCCGUGACGUCGCCGUCGGUACCCUGUCCACCCGCAUAACCUCGCAACUCCAAUCGCUACAAGGUCUACAUCUCCGUCUGCGCGACAUUGGCCAGUACCUCCAGAAGGUGUUGGACGGCGACCUCCCAGUCAACCACGCCAUCCUCGGCAACCUGCAAGACGUCUUCAACCUUCUCCCCAACCUCUCAACACCUAAGCCCACGCCCGUGGGAGGAGCAACGAAUGGAGUCGGACCGGCUGCCGGUUCUGCGGGAGCCCUAGACAACUCAGAACUCGCAAGAGCUAUGAGUGUCAAGACAAACGACCAGUUGAUGGCCAUCUACCUUUCGAGUUUGAUCCGAGCGAUCACCGCCUUCCACGACUUGAUCGAGAACAAGAUCCAGAACAGGCAACAGGCAGAGGAGAAGGAGGCUAAGAAGGAGGAGGCGGCCAAGGAGGGCGAGAAAGACAAGAAGGCCAACGGAUCGGGCGCUGAGGGAAAGGAAGGCGACAAGGGCAAGGAAAAGGAAAAGGAGAAGGAGGGUGAGAAGAAGAAGGGUUGAAAAGCAAGGCAGACGGACGAGAACGUCCCGACGGACAAACUCGAGUCGAAUUGAAUUGGGGAAACCCGUGACGGAAAGUGUAAUUAUACCACACUGCUAGCUGGGGCAACUUAUCGAAGAG